UCCGCAAUAAUUCAUUCCUGCCAUAGGAAUGGUCGUGGUUCUUCCUUCGGAAGGAAAGUCAUGAACGUCGACUUUGGGGUAAGAGAAGUAUGCUAAAUGAUAACUCAUAUAAAUUUCAGUUUGUUUUCUAUCAAAAAAUGUAUGUUUUCUGUUCCAAGUUUCACCAGAAGCAUUGGAAAUGUAUUCAGUUAGUGAUGGGAAUAACAGCUAGCUAGCAGUGAUUGGUUCAUUUUAAUAUUAUAAAGUUUCAAAUCUUCCCGCGCACGACUGCGAUAUGUGGAUAUAAUUGAGAUUCUGGAAAAUACUGGUGGUAAUCGUAUAUGAUAGGGUGAGGUUAAAGUAUCUGUUGAUCAAAUGUGCACGGAAGUAACACAGAGUAAAUAGACCUUUUCCCGUUUUUUCAACUUUUUAUGUAUGGACCAGUUAGGGAAAUCCCAUCGACACCACUGAAAAGAGCGCCUUAAAAUUAAUAGAAUUGCCAGUUUUGAAAUGGCGAACGUGGGGCAGGAACGCGUGACGAACUCCUAAGAACGUCUGCGUGGGAGGCUAGUUUUGAAAGUGAUACGUCUUUAGCGAGAGAAGGCAAAGCUCCGCAAAGUUGCGAAAAUUUAGAGACGUUUGUAUGGUGGGGGCAAGUUUGUGCCCUCCACUAUACAAACGGCAUUAAAAUUUCACGACUUUAGGAGCUGUAUCUUCAUUAGCUCUCAAUGAAUCACUUUCAAACUUGACAAUUUUUCUAAUUUUUGGCGCUCUUUUCAGUGGUGUCAACGGAUUUUCCCGAACUUGUCCAUGUCAAAAGUUGAAAAAAACCGUGAAAAGGUCUACUUUCAAAGAUAUUUCCAUGGCUAAAACGGAAGUAUAACUCAAACUUUAGGGAACCAAAAAGUAGUGGCUGGGCAAGAGGGAGUUCCAUUUUCUGAUGUCAAGAGAUAUCGAUAAUGGUCGAAAUUGAAAUUCAGAGUUGUGUAAUUUACACCAAUAAUAUUAAUGCAAAGUGUGUCAUGCAAACAUCAGAAAACAUUUUGCACCAUUGUCAGUGCAUAGCAUACAAAUAAUGUAGAUUAUUUCCAAAGCCGGGGAGAUUGUAAAAACGUCUCUAAACGGUCCAGAACUCUGUUUAUUUUCUGCUCACACUGUUUCAAUUUUCCAUUCAUCAAAACACUGUGCAAUAAUAAUUAUAUCUUAGGUGUCAUUGUUAACUGUAAAGAUGUUCUUUUAGAAAAAAGAAAGAUAAACUUGCUGCACGUGAGCUUUUUUCGUUGCCUAGCACAUGACCAUGGUUUGUCCAUGAUGUAAUAACUCAAGAUGGUGCUAAAAUGGCAGAUGAACAUUUGAAAAAAGCAAAGUUUUGAAAGGUCACUGUUGAAAGUUAUGAAAGGUCACCGUUGAUUUACAGAACAUGACGUUCACAGUAAGAGAAAGUGUAUAGUGUUGUUUUCUUUUUCACCGUGAAAAGACAUUUUUCCACAAUGUCGUUUUCUAAUUUUUCAUUAGCCAUAUUUGCUGACAUUGUAAAGAAAUAAGCAACUUGCAUGUAUUUUUACAACCAAAAUCAGUCACCUUAAAAAUACACUCAAAUUUGCAUGUAAAAGGUCUGCAAGGGCUCAUGUAAACAUUUACAUAUGAGUUUUUUGUGUGGAAAUCUGCACACAAUUUACGCUCGUGUAAGUGCUGCAAUACCUGUGGCCUGUACUGUAUGCUGAUGACAGAUCUACAGACUCUGGUAGCCAACCACUUGAACUUUCUAACCUUCAGCUUUGUACAAACAAUAGGCUGAUUUAGCAACAGAACGGGAACGUCAGUUGAUGACGGCGCGCGCAAAUCAAACAACUGGCUUGACCAAUGGCAGGGCAGCAAAUUGAGCACCAGAAGUCGUGUUUAGUCCUUCCCGCGUGCUUUCCCGUCGUCAACUGACGUUCCCGUCCUGUUGCUAAAUCAGCCUAAUGUCAUGACUUGGAGCUCUUCAAUGACCUCAUGUGCAACCCUGGCAAGACUGAAGGUUUUCAUCUCUUGUCAUAUUAUGGCACUUGUGAGAUACAUUGUAAUUAGAGAGAUCUGGGUUAAUGCUGCCAGUGUUUUUCCUAUGCCUGCCGCUAAAGAUCUUGGAGUGACUAUAGACAGUGAGCUGCAGUUGGACAAACUUGUGAAUAACAAAGGAGGUUGAAUGAACAGUCUCCUUCAAUUUUAUCUCCUGUUCUGUUCACAUAUCCAAACUAAUUUCUUGUUACCAGCCAACUAGAAGUCGUAGAUUUCUUCUAUCUGUAAUUACUUCUCGGUUACCAACUGCUCUUCUUAAUCAUCAUAUGGGGAUAGAUCUUUUCUCCAGUGAUAGUAAAAUACACAUAUAAUAUUAUCAAAAUUCAGAACCCUGCUGUAGCAAAACUUUGUUAUUAUGUGAAUAUAUUAAUUUGAAGGUGCCAGGUAAACAUUAUAACAUUACUGGACAUGUAGUAGUAGAGAUCUCUGCUUUUCACUCAGAGCAAGUCCAGAGAGGCUUUACAGAAGCCCCUUCAUCAAAGAUGUGAAGAAAUUGACAAGUUAAUUGAGGGUUCCUCUACACAGGUAAUUACUUAUUGAUCCUUUGAUAUAGGAAACUCUCCUGUGACAUUACUUGCAGAGUUAUUGUGUACAAGGAGUCUACUGAAAUACUGCAAAAAAUAAAUUGUUUUUGUUGUUGUUGUUGUUGUUUUUUAUCAUUAUUUAAGUGCUAUUAAUAACACUGAGCUAUAAAUUGUGAUUAAGGUAGCAAAUACGAUUUAUUAUUUUUGAAAAGUUGAACGGAAAUCAUGUACAAAUAAAUUCAAUUAUCUGUUUACACCAUAAAGGACAUUUCCACACACUUAUAUUACAAAUAAAAGAAAAAAAGGAUUUUGAGCAGUUUAAUCUUUAGGGAAAAGAAGAGGUAUUGUAUGUGAGUAGUGUCUAAAGUAGUGAGAGCUCUCUAGUUGGACACUGUCAUGUUUAAAUGACAGGAAAAACAAAUAAAAUUAAAUCAGAGAUAGCGUCAUGCAGUUUGGUGGUAAAAUCAAGUUUGCUUGAUCAAGAGAUAGUAUUUCGAUUUUUAAUAUAGACAGACAUCACUGUCUUGCUUUAAACGUUUAGCCAAGUUGUUUAAAACUCAGUUCUAAUCCUGGGUCAAUUUUAAUUUAAACCUGAAUGUGUUGUGCUUAUCAUGCUUUGAAAAACUCAGCCCUUUAUUUCUACAGUAGAUCAAAGUUUUAACAUUAGGUGCUCUAUGGCCAACGCCAUGCAGCAAGGAUGUGCUCAACAACAAUAAAAGAGGAAGGGAGCCCAGUGCUCUGAACCUGUCAAAUUCAACGGGGUGCAGAAUUUCAAUUUUAUGAAAAAAUAACGAUCUCUUAAUCAUCCAAAAAAAUAACGAUCUCUUAAUCAUCCAAGAGCAAAAGUAAGGCGAUAGGGGCCACUGGGCGCACUGCACAUGAGCACAGCCCUAACGUGGUAUGACCAUGGUGAGCUUUCUGUAUUAUCAGUACAAUGUGAGCCAGGCUAAAUACUGAUCGUGUUUUCCUUUAUCUUGCAGAAUUUGCAUGGCUUUUUUCCACAGCUUCUCAGUAACAUCUUUGGCUAUUCAGGCAACACAGACUGGGGCCUAAAAACUCUGUCUCGUGAUAGUAGAGAGUUUGCCAAUGUGCGCAAAUUUUUAACCCCUGGUGGUACAGUCUUCAAACUGAUAGACUUACUUCAGGCUGAUGAUCAACACAGAUAUGAGUUCUUUAUCAGUUGUCUUCCUGUAAGUAUGGCUUAUCAAAUCAAUUGAGGUUUCUUGGUACCCCUCCCCUAAGGCACCAUUAACACUUCUCACCAAGGGAAAAAUUGUGACUUAGGGGAGGGGUAGAUGGUCAGUUACCCAGAAACCUCAACUGAUCUGGAAAUUCUUUGUUGAAGUGUGAAAUCUGCUGUUUAAUACAUGUAACAAAGACUUAUACAUGCAAGCAUUUCUGUUUUCUGGAAUGUUUUACCCUUAACUAUUGUGACAGCUGUUGUUUAGAAGCAAUUUUUAUGCAAAAGUGAAUUUUGUGAAAGGAAAAUUGUAAGCACUGAUAAAUGAACAGCACAACUUGCUGAAACUAUUGCAAUGUAUUUGUUGCUUAGCUUUGUUGAAUUGCAUACAAUGUAACUUCAAAACACAGCUGAUUUGCAUUCUAUUCUUAAACAACAUGUGAAACAAUGAAUCAUGGGGAGUGACCAGUCGAGUCCAGUCUUGGCCCUGUCUCAAAUUUCACUUCCUGUCAUAGAAUGUGCAUUGCAUGAAAGAUGUUGGAAGAGACAGGGCCAGAACUGGAUCAGAUGCAUGGUGGUCAGUGGCAUGGUCAAAAGCAUUGUUAACAGAAAAAGAAUGUGAUCAAAACUGACUUGUCCUAAUCAUAGGUGUGACAAAUGUUUGCUGUCAAAUUCCCAGUUAUAUAUGCUGGACAUUGUCUGAUGAUAGGCUAUUAUUUUCAGCCUGAUAUUAGUUAAAGAAGCAAACCUUGUACGUGAACUUGGUUUGAGUUUCAUAAAGCUUCAGAACCAGGACAUCCAGAUCUGACGCUGCAAAUUAGUGUUGACCACUCGCUGCCACUGCACCUCAAAGAAUCACUACACUUAUUUCAAUCAGAGGCAUAUAACCCCGAAGUGUCCAACUUCCUUUUAUCUGUUUAGAACCAUGCUGGGGUUUUUCGACUGUCCAAUCAGAAGCUCGUAAACUUUUUAGCCCAAAUGUGGAAUCAGAGGAUUGAAGGCAUCGCCAUCUAAAAAAGUAGCUAAUUGAGAAUUCUUCAAGUCCUUAAGGUGGCUCGAUACAGUUUUUCUUUUUUUUUGAUUGGUUCUCAAAAAAAAGACCAGCAUUGGAACAGAGUUAUACUCUUCAGGGCUAUAUGCUUCUGUUUUGAUAAAUUGUAGGGGCACUUGGAAUAAAAACCCCAAGUGACUUCUGAUAAAUUUCUAGAUUCUCCUAUCAAUUUGUCAUGUAUAUGUAUAUAUGUUACAGGCCAAAUUAAAAAUAAAUUCAGGUUCAAUUCUUUUUUACCCUAGCUUGAUUCUCUAUUUCCUUUGCUUCUUAUCCCUAAUUAUUCAUGAAAUUUGAUUUGAAGGCACUGAAAGUACAAUGGCUGAACAAUCCACGCUUUUGGCAAGUCUCUUCUCACUGGUCCCUCUGGGUACUGUGUUGCAGUUACUGUAAAUUUUUAGUUAUUAUUAUUAUUAUUUCUUUUUCAGUUUCCAACACGAGCAUCAUUAUCAGAAGGUAUGAUUCCAGUUUUAUAUCAUGACAAAGUACCAAUCAGAACUCCAGGAGAAACUAUCAAUGCUGUUUUACUCAGUAUCUUUUUAACACAUCAAGAAUCCUCUGCUCACAUGCUGAACUAGUACAAUAAUUAACCCCUUCUUCAAAUCCUAUAAAGACAUUGAAAGUACAUGAUUUGUAGUGUGAGUUGCCUCACUUGGUGAAACCAAUGAUUAUCAGAUGAGGUUGAGUAUCAUAUAAAGAAUUAUGCAGAUGAAAGAGGGUUUUAUCGGCCAAAUGGAAAACACCCUCAGAGAUCUGCAUAACAAUAAGAUAUUCUUCAUAUCAAACAAAAGCCAAAUCCAACAUGCUUUUCUCGAUUGAAGUAAAUUGUCUAUUUUCAUAACAUCUCCCUAUUCAUCAGCAGUUUUGGGAUAUAAAGUGGAUGUUUAGUCUAGUGAUAUUUUUCAAACAGCAGCUGUCAUCUGUUGAUUGUUAUUUUUGCUUUUCUUAUUGCAUUUUUAGUUCAGCUAUUUUUUUCUACGCAAAACAUGUCAAAUCCCCCCCCUCCCCGCCCCCUUACCCUGCUGUCCCUUUUCUUGUUGAUAGUUGUACACCUGGCAACAAUCAUAAUGAUAUGGGCAAUUUCAAAGAAUAAUUUCAUUGUUAAUUGUCUUCCAAAUUUGUUUAUUGCAUGCUGGUUAUAAAGAAUUAGGCAGGGAAUUUAAGUUAAUAAGAAAUCAAGAAAUCUUUUCAAUGAACAAUGGUAACAAUAGAGAGUCUUGAAGUACUGGCUGGUUAACAUGUGAAAUGUGAUAAAAGAAUUAAAUAUUAAAAUUUUCUUUGACCCAUGUAUACCCUGUUGUGUAAUCUGUUUAUUAGUUUCCUCUCAUCCCUAGGAUAGUCCAGUGAAGACCGUUAAUAACCAUGGGUUUUUUGUCUAUGUAAUAUUGUAAUGAUAAGAAGUGUGUUUUGUAAGGAAAGCAUAUAGAUUUUCAGAGUUUCACUUGACUAUCUGCUAGAUACAUUUGAAUACUACAUGUUUCAUUUUGCCUACUACAUUGUUUAUCAGCAGGCACACAGGGUAAGCUGUCUAUUGGAGUGUGAAAAUUAAUAAAAACUACAAUUAUUAUUAAUAUCAUAAUUGCUAUUAUUACUUAAUUAUUAUAAAAAAGUGAUGGAAAAUGGCUGAUGCAAGUAAUCAAAAUGUUACAUUCCUUUGCUUCCACAUCUUUCAACAUUAUUUAAUUUUUGUUUUUUGUUUCAAAAAUAUAUCCUAGUCAAAAUAAUUUCAUGUUAUUAUUAUUUAUAGCAAACUUUGAGCUGUACUCAUGAUUCAAAACACACCAGUAUCACAACUUAGACCAUUUCCCUUCAUGACAAUUAUUAUCCUUGAAGAGGUGUUGAUCAGUCUGUAGCAUGCAUUCUGCAUUAUACACUGAUUGCAUUUAUUGCAUAUCAUAAUGAUUAUUACAGCAGGAAUCCAGUGUGAAUCCAGCUCAGGACUACCUGUACCUAGUUGUUCUGGAUGACUACCUUGACUUCUUCCUGCCUUCAGAUGGUUCAGCAAUUCCGUUCAACAGCAUGAAGGCUAAGACAUCUGUUGGAUUGGGAAGGAAUGUUCCUUCAUCUCGGUAAGUCUAAUUUUAAUUAUGUGUGUUAACCUUGUUGUGUAUCUGGCUUAAGGUGGCUCAAUAGGGUUUUUCAGGGUCAAUACCUCCCAAGUUUGAGCAUAAACUACAUUGCCAUUAACAAAGUAAGAUUUGGAAAAAUUACCACCACAGCUAUAUGAGUUAAAAAUGAAAAUUUGUUAAGAUCAGGGUUACAAUGACGUCGGAGUUGUUAUAGCAAUGAUAUGACACCAUUACAUACUUAACUUGCAGCGGUAUUUCUCAGCACUGGGAACUGUUCUUCUAAAAUCAUUCAUGGGCCAGCUUUUUCCUCUAAUAGCCACCUCUCUGUUCAUGCACUUUAAGCAAAAUCUGUAAGAUCGUUAUUGAGAUAUUUUAUUUAUGGUUAGAAAUAUUGUAAAAACUGGACAAUCUUGAAGUUCAGCCAUUAUUAAUUUUGUAGAAAACAGAGCACUUUUGAAGUGCAAUUUCUCCUCAUACUAGUUUCAAUCGUUUGAAAAACAUGUGUGAAAGAUCAUAGAGAUAGCUUUAGCCGAUUUCUAGAAAGAAGGAUUUGAUUAGUAUGUAUCAAGGCUCUCCUUGUUAGCAGUUUUGUAAACAUUUCGGCCCACUUUAACAAAUAAGCACUUUCACUACGAUCAGAAUACCUAAACCAAACUACACCAAAGUGUGACACAGAACCCAUCUGAUAUGUGAUACUGAUCUGAUAUGACGUUAUGUGAUAUCAGAGCAGCACAGCUUUGCUCUGUAACAGAAAUUGCACCAAAAACAUCUUUCUUAUUUGUAAACAGGAACUCUAUCCGGUAUGUUUUUCAUGCCGGCCCAACAGCUAUCCAUGAGUAUAGUAAGAACAUGGCUUAAGUCUCUGUGGUACUUGUUCUACAAGUGCUUUAUAUAAAUUCUGAAAGGGACAGCAUUGAAUGUGCUUCCUUGAUGUAGUUUGUACUUAUGUUAUCUCUUUCUUUCUGUCAUUCGUCCAGGCAUGACUCAAGUCAUUAUGCAAGAACCCAUUAUUUUCAAAAUCAGUUUAAAGGUUUGAUCAAACCCACCCCAGGCAGAGCUAGUCCACCUACCACACAUCAUGGAAUGCUAAAUCAUGGAUCACAGGAAACCUGGAGAGCAGAAACAUUUCUGCAAGUUAGUAACAAACAGAUGGGAAAGAUUCAAAUUUUCAUCAACAUUUUUAUGAAUUAUUGUUAUUAUUGUUAUUAUUAAUAUUUAUUAAAAUUCAUUAAUAGUUUAUUAUAUGAUACAUAUGAUAUGAUAUGAUAUGAUAUGUAGAUAUAUGACUGAGAACACUUACUCUAGAGUUUACUUGUGGUAACUUUGAAUGUUUAAUUGAGUGAAUGUUGAAUAUUACUGUAAAUGUUUAGCAUUCUUGUUUUGCUUUUGGUUAACUUUCCAGAUUCUCAUAGAAUUCUGGCUAAAUCAGAACACAGCAGACUCCAUCUCAAGAAAUGUUCUUUCACGUGGACAGGUAAUUACGUGGCAACUAAAUAACCUUUAGGUCAAACUACAAGUGCAUUGAACAGUAAUUUGAAAUAGCCCCAAUCACAACCUUUCUUGGACUUGUCAAGUCUCAGACUUUAGAGCAUUAGUCCCCAGUUCUAUUAAUAGAACCAAGGACUAAUGCUCUGAAGUCUGAGACUCGACAAGUUCCAGAAAGGUUGUGAUUGGGGCUAUAUCAUAUUACUGUUCAAAUUUUGCAGUCAGAGUCUAACACAGGGUCUUAAAAUUGAUAACUAUGGCAAGUAGUAAAUUUGCUGCCUUUGUUUUUAAUCUGCAAAUGGUAUUAUCUAAUCUUCUUGGAAGAUAAGGGCAAAAAAACUCUAUGCCCCAUCUUCCAUAGCCUGCAUCACAGACACAAUCUAAUCCAAGCUGAUUAUGUCUUCGAAGCAGUGUCAAGAUCCUUAUUUUGGAGGCCUUACAAAGUCAAAAUGAAUUACCGGGAGAGCGUUUUGAAUUUACCAUUAAACUGAUUGGCCAAAUAAACAAUGGUUUUUCUAACAAUCAUGAUGUGUAUUCAAAUCCUGGCAAACAGCUUGGGGCCCAGAACAGGGAUUUUGGCGCUUGCUUGCAGAUGGAAUUAACCAGAGGUCUAGUUUCAUCUGUGGCGUAUGCUACAUCUCACAGCUCCACACUGAACUGACUCUUAUGGGAUGUCACGGCCUGGUGUGUAAAAGGGGUUGAUAUCAAUAAUAUUGGGAUUCAAUACUUGUUUCAUUUUCUGUCACCAUGUCAAUUCACUGUGCUAACAUUACCAAUUUACAGAAGCAGGAGUUACAUCAUACUUCUUGAUAUGAUGAAUAAUUGUUUGAUAAACAGUGAAGGAUCUUUUUUGAAUUGUAGGAGUAUUUCAUGCCAACGUUAGACCAUGUGCGAGUGGUGAGGAUAUUAGUGAAGCAUGUCCAUUCCUUUGUGUAUGCCAAGGGACCUGAUAUGGAUCAACUCUCUGUUCUUCACCCUUAUGAUGAUCUAAGGAGGUAAAAUAUUACCAUAACAGAUAGACUUGAAUCAGAGUAUUCAAAAAAGGCAGAAUUUAAACUUAAGAAAAACCUUACAGCUAAGAUGAUCUUUCCCAAAAAAGCUGUCCUAUUUGGGACUUGGAUACCUGUAUUUUUCACAUUUUAGAACAAGACAGUAAUCAACCGUUACUUCCAUAAAUUGCAUGUGAAUGGUAAAGAAUUAAUGCUAAUUUAAUUCUUUCUGUGGCCAGUGUUAGGAUUAAUAUACUUAACAUUACAUACAUAUUUUCAUGCAGUUUAACGUUGAGUCUCUGAAAGAAUCCUGUACAGUGUGGCCAUUCCCCUUUAGCAGUUUAACUGUGGUUUCUUUAAAUUUAUUGUUGUUCGGGGUGUUGCUAUCUUGUGCUUCUGUGAUUGCAAUGUUAUUUUGUGACUCCCUCUGUAAACCACUCAAUAUUAUGAAACCACCUCAGUUUUGUUGUACUUUCAAAUGCUUAAUUUUUUUUUGUUUUGUUUUGGUUUGCUUUUUUUUUUGAACACUUUUUAAUGUAUUGAAAAUCAAAAUUUGAUUGUGGGCUGAUAGCACUCUUAGAAGUGAAAGGUUAUUUUCAUAACAUUUCAAAAAUAAUCACACAACUAUGAAUCAACAUGAAUUACCGGUACUUGAUAAAUAGUCUGUGGGACAAAAGGAGACACCAGUUUACUAUAUGUUGUAGUUAAUUUUUUAUCUCAGGUAAUUUUUCUUUUUCUUUUGUUUUUGGGUACGGUAGUCGGGGUAGUGUAUGCUACUGAAGUUGAAACAAAAGAAAAGAAAAAUUACUCAAGAUAAAAAUUAACAACAACAAAAUAUAUAUUCCAUGCAAAGUUGAUUUUACUUUGGCAUGGAUUGCUGCUUACAUUCUUUGUCUUUACUUUUACAAUUUCUUUAUCAUUUAGGGCCAUCAUUCCUCAGUUUCUUCAAAAGAAAUUGUAUCAUUUUCUACAGCACUGUUUUUCACAUUGGCCUCUGGACCCCAACUUCAGAUAUGUGAGUAUAAAGUAUUUUAAUUAAUUAUCCUUUCUAUAUAAAGAGUCUUUUCACCAUCAUGUCAUCAAAUUCUAAAAUCAAAAUAGCGAGGCCGCUCUGAAUUCUUAUGUAUACCUGGUUGAAGGUGACUGAUCACAUAGAAGUUUCCAGUCUGUAGAGUCUUUCAUUUUGGAAAUACAGCAUUUUGAAUUUCCAAAUAUUCACAGCGUGUGGCACCACAAUGGUAGCCCAGACAGAGGUGUCUGGUUAAAUAAAAGCUCUCUCCUUAUGUUUUUCAGCGGUUUAUUCAUUUUAAGCAGUACAAAUGUGUUUUAAUAUGCACAUAUUAAUUAGCCUACAAGCAAAAAGAAAACAUUUUUAUCACAAAAGUGACCUCUCAGGAAAUAGCUCUUAUUUGUGAUUGGUCACUUUGUAAAAAUUCAAGGAGUGAAAUUAUGGGUGAAUUCUGUGUUGUGUAAAAGGUAGGGGUGCACAUCGAGAGUCGUGUUGAAGAAGUUGUGGGUUUUUUUGUGGAAAAUCUGGUCCAUGUUAUAAUUUAUCUUGGUCUUUUACUAUAGUAAUUUAUAAAAUACUGGUAACUGAGAUAGUACGCGCACUCUGAUUGGCCAAGAAGCAUGUUUAAGUGAGACUAUGCAAACACAGUUGAUAUAUCAAGGUGUUUUGCUUUCCAUGCGCUUAUCACACAAGCAUGAAUCUGAAAGAGGUUUUGAGGUGAAAACUGGACAAGUUUACUUUGUUUACCCUUUUCCUUGUUGGCUGAAACUUGAAAAAUCUUUACAAACAUGCUGAGUCAAUUAUAUUUGCUGACAUUUUAAGCAAGAAAAAUCCAUAUUUUUUAAAGCAUCUUUUUCGCAAAACAAGAACUGAUUAUGCGUACAAAACUCUGUGUACAGCACUUUGCGACUAGUAAGAAUUUCUCUUUCAAAGAGUUUUGUUUUUUUCUCAGAAAAGUAAUUUUGUAAAAGCAAUAGAAACCUUCUUUCCUGUGUUUGCAUAGCCUGAUAUAAACAUUCAAGAGGUUGGGAGAAUUCUUGACAGUUAUGCAAACCCUUGACUUCAUCUCGGGUUUACAUACCUGUCUUGAACCUCUCUCAUUUUUAUAUCAGGCAAUGCAAACACAGAAAACGUUUUCUACUGCUUAAGUGGCACUUAUCGUUCUUAUCAGUAUAUGAAGACAGUAGUAAUCAGUGCAUUUUGGAAUUUUGUCAUAUAUUCCAGGUUUUGGAGACCUGGUUGAGUUACAUUCAACCUUGGAGAUAUUCAAAGGUUCACAAUGCAACAUCCAUUGAAAAAGAUGAUGACUCCAGAGAAACGGCAAGUCCAGUGUGGUAAGCAAAAUGUUACGGCAUGGCCUUUCCAACCUUACUCUCAAUCUCUGUUAGCGAAAUACCUUUGGUAACUUAAUCUCUCUGAUGCCAAGAAGUUCCUACUACAUGAAGUAUAGUUACCAGAGGGGACUGGCUAUGAAACUGGAAAAAAAGUCAAAGGAGGAAAAAACAAUGCUGCAGUAAUGGUUGCCUGUUGUCCUUCAAUAGCAUUUUGAAAUUAACAAAUGAAGUAAAGAUGAGGCAAUUCACUACUGUUAAAACUUACAGUUAAAAAUUCAAGCUUUUGUCCAUCAACAACAUGUUUAAUUACUGCAAAUGAAAUGACAUAAUUUUUAAAACUGUUUGUCACCUUUUUGGCUUCAUUAACUGAAGCAUAUCAAUCACUUAUCAAUAAUUAAACCAACAAAGUAGUAUCAUGUCAUCCUAGUCAUCCCAGUCAUAUCUUAGCCAUCCCAGUCGCCCCAGUCAUUCCAGUCAAUCUUCUCAUCCCAGUCACCACAGUCAUCCUAGUAAUUCCAAUCAUCCCUAAACAUCCCAGUAUCGUGGGGCCUGUUUCUCCUGUUUCUCCUGUUUCUCCAAAGUCACAGUCAUCCUGCUCAAGUCAUCCUGGUCAUCCCUAGUUAUUCCAGUCGUCCUAGUCAUCCUCACCCCAGUCUCCCUAGUGAAAAAUGUUUUAAAGAAACCAGGGCCGUACCUAGGAUUUUUUGUCUGCGGGGGCAAACUCGGUUUUCGUGAGAUUUCGGACCAAUAUAGCUACAAGAAACAGCCCAGCAAAAUCAGACACUAUGUUAGAAAAAAAACAUUUAGUUUUCCUGGCGGGGGCAACUGCCCCCUUCGCCCCCCCGCUAUGUACGGCCCUGGAAACAAGCAAAGUUAAAUAAGUUGAGGCUUCUUGCUGUUAAUACAUUAUGAUAAGAUCCUCAACAUGUAAUUUAAUUAUUUAGCAGUCUACUUGUAUUCUUUUUUCCAGGAAAACAUUUGUAUUUGAGAACCUGUUGUUCUACUGUGCAUUAUUGUUUGAGUUCGUGUCGCGAGCGUGUCGCUUCAAUCUUUGUUCUGCGAAAGAUGCUCAGCUGCUGUUUAGAGUUCUGAAGGUAGGGGUUGUUGAAUGGUUUUAAGAACCUCUGUAAUUCAAACCGCUAUGGCAGGGUAUUUAUAUAAUGUCUUAAAUGAGUCUUUAAUGAUCCUUCCAAAUUGGGGUAUCCUGUCACUUUGUCGGUCUUUUCUGAGACCCCCUCUCACCUUGUAGGUGAAGGAAAAUGUCACUGUUGGUUCAGCACAAUUUUUGUGACACUCAAUCUUGGAAUUUAUGGCAGAUAAAGUGCCUGGAAAAAAGUAAUUGUUAUUGCCCUUUCUCCCUGGAGGGACUGUUCUUCAGACAUCAGAAAACGAUUUAAAGAAAACAGCAGAAAAUGUUUGGAAAUGAUGGAAGAGAGAUUGUUAUUUCGCUGCUGAAACGGUCAAAAAUUACUUAAAAAAUAGAUUGUGACUGUCAGAAUUCUUUCCUCCUUUUCUGUCAAUUAUCAGUGCUUUCUGAGAAGAUUGCUGCCAUUUUUGGGGGGCCAUGACACCUGUUGCUUCAUCCCCUUGGAAGGCCUCUUUAAUUUUACGUCCUAUUAGAACAAGGACUAGAACCCUCAGAGAUCUUAAUGUUAUUAGUAUUAAUAAUUUCCUAGGUUGGCUUUGAGUAGGAUGUUGAAAAUUGCAUUUUAUGGUGAUUUUGUGUUAUGUUAAUCUUUGAAAAAAAACUGCCUGACAUUGGGGAUAAUAAGAAAACAUUUUUGGAAUAUCUUAGGGUACAUACACUGUUCAUGCGUACAAGGAACUAUUUUCUAUGUUUUCUACUGUCUGAUCUGUUAAUGGAAUUUUACUUUCUUUCGUUGUGAACUCCAUACCUUUCAAUGAAACCAGGAUUUAAUAAGUAUAAUGGCAUCUUUAAUAAUUCUUAAUGGGCCGCUUUGUCUUACUUUCUUUUUUAUCAGGUAUUUGCUCAACCACAUUUGGUGGAAAUGGUUGAAGAAGGUGUGUAUUUCUAUUACCGUAUUUAUUCGAUUAACCGCCCUGGGCGCUUAUUAAAUUUUUGGACCUUGAGAGUGGGCGCUUAUUCGAGGCUGGGCGCUUAUUAAAUUUUCACCAUUAUCAGCAAGUGAAGUAUGUUUAUUUUGCAACAAAACAAUCAAUGCUAAUAACAAAAUGCGAAGAAGUAACAAAGCAAGGUUUCUGUAAAAUACUCUGAAGAAAACUCCGUCCUCGGGGAAGUCUCUUAUUGGAAUUUAUUCACUCAAGUGGGUGGGGUGGGGGUGAGCGCUUAUUUGAGUUUCAUUGGGAGGAGGAGGGGUGGGCGCUUAUUCGAGGUUGGGCGCUUAUUAACUUUUUCUGCCUUUAGGAUGGGCGCUUAUUCGAGGUGGGCGCUAAUUCGAGGUUGGGCGCUUAUUCGAAUAAAUACGGUAUAUUAAGGACAAUGACAGCUGUAAGGCAUCACUAAUAGAAUGUGUUCUUUAAAACUUCAUCAUAAUUAUUCCAACCCAUGUGUCAGGUGUAAGCAAAUUUGAUGUUUUUUAACGUUCUCCUUGGUAUUGUCAUCUUGGUCGCGCAAACUCCCUAAUGAGUAAGCUUACUAGCAAUCGUUAUUUGAGCUUACUGUUUUAACAGUUUCUUUAAAAAUACUGCUAAUUGUAUGGCAUGAUAAUUAAGGAAGAACUUUUAGUCUGAAUACCUUACAUGCAUGCAUGCAGCGAUGUAUUAGGGAUGGACCAUUAGAAAAGCUAUGGAGGGGUGAGGAAUCUUCAAGCUGCAUAAUUAUUUUUCGUUAACAUUUCCCUAGCCUUUGGACACAGACAUAUUUCCGGUCGUCGCUUUGGAGAGAAGCGAUGACCAUAAAUAAGUCUGUAUCUGCAGGUUAACAUUUCCCUUGCAUGAAUUUUUUUAGGGCUACUCCGUGUCCAUGAAUUUUUUACGUAAGAUUUUCCCUUGCACAAUAUUUUUUUUAUACAUCACCCGGCCCCCAUAACUUUUGUAAUGGUCCAUCCCUUUUUAGCAAUGCCCUACUCUUUGCGGUUACUCAUACAAAUAAAUUUUAACCUGGAGACAUUAUUCAAUGGAGCCUUAAGAACCUGAUUUUUCUCUGUUUUAGGAGAGAAGGCUUAUUUAAUGCCGUCAGGGAGUCACCGUAACACCCCUCUGACAAGCCUUGGUACACCCAGCUCAAUAAUCAAGAGUCAUAUAAUGGACCUAGAAGGACCAUCAUACUCAUUCAGGUCGCUGUUCCAUCUGCCUGGCGCAACCAAGGUCAGGUUUUCAGCUAUGUUAUUCCAGCUCUUUCUUAUUGCUACAUUUAUUUUUGGUUAAUGUUUUGGCAUUUUUAAAAUCCAAAUCCUUCAUGUGAGGCAGUCAUUCUACCCUUCACCCUCCUUUAAGGAGUAAUAAUUCUGAUUUGUUUGUGUUCCGCUGUAUAGAUGGGUGAGCUUCACUCAAGAGUGUUAGCCGCGCUCGAUGAGGUUACCAACAAGAACCAGUCUCAGCAGUCACCUGAGGACAAUGAAGGCUUUUUUGCUGUCUUCAUGAGAGCCCUCAAAAGUGACAUGUCCCAUGGAGGUGAAUUUGAUAGAAAUGCUGAGGAGGGAACACUUGUUUCAUACCUGAAAAAAAGCUGCGAGUUUAUUUUAAAGAUUAUUAGAGUAAGUAGACACCUAACCUUGAGACUUUCAUGAUUGUGGGUUAAUGUUUACGGUGCUACUACUCGAACCGGUGCACUUGGAAGAAGAUUAUCCAAUCACAACGGUUUUCGAAAACAAAAGAUACUCAAGUUUUUUGUAAACAGUUUUUUUGUUGCGCGCAGUCUGUGACCUUCGUUUUUUACUAGUAUUUUUGUUUUGGCUAUUGUAGAUUUUAGCACCAUUAGUAGCCUGUUGCAGGCGUUCCCUCGUUUUUUCCCCCUCAUUUUCCCCACGUACAAUUUUUAACUUGCUCCCCACCAACUGAACACCGCGCUCUACUAUCUGAACGCCUGGAACAGGCUACGUCAUUAGCCGCAGCUUAAACAGUACCAAUGUACAUUGUGCUGAAGCUAUGAAAAUCACACCCAUCAUUCGCCACUUUUACAUUGCCCAUAAUACACCUUUUUUGGAUCAAUGUUUUUUUUGGGGGGGAAACUUCCCACCUACCCCUCCCCUUAUUCAACGUUAGCACUUACUUCUAACUUAGAGCAAAAUGUUGGGUUAGGGGAGGGGUAGGUAGGUAGUUUACCCUCCCCCCCCCCAAAAAAAGAAAAUGCACAGCAAAAUUCUUUUUGCCUACUUUUGGAAUAACUGUAAUACACAGGAGAAAUUGAAAACAAUUCUUAUGCAAGAUUAUUUGGGGGUAAACUGGGUCCAUUAUGUGAAAUCUGAAAGUGGCCAAUUUAGUUAGCUUCGUAGGAUUCCCUAUCCUUGACCAUCUCAAAAACUAAUAUUUUUGUCUUUAGUCUGCAGAUUCUAUUGAUGGCAGUAUAUUAAACAGCACUAUUCAAUGGGAGACAACUUCACCUGGUGCUGUAAAGAGGAAUGUGUCAUUAGCUAGUAACCAGUCUUCCUUGCCAGAUCAUGUUGAAACUGAUGAUGGACCUGUACCCACUCCCCUGGGACGUUAUCAAGUAGGUGCAAUUUUCAGGUGCUUUUGGCUAUGUUCACACGAUACCGGAUAGCUUUUCAUGGCGCCACGAACAACUAUUCGCAGGAGCAUAUAACCCGGAGCGAGUAACUCCCAUACUAGGCCAAUGUCACUGCGUUUUUAUGGACCAGUUAACUUUUAGACACAUUUUAGAGCACUUUUUCCCGCGAAAACAGAAUCUCCACCAUGUCUUUGAGCGCAUUCGAAGUAUAAAAAGGAAACCUAAACGUUAUAAAAAGGUAGCCUGUUCACAGACCCUCUAUUUUCUCUUCAAAGUACGUCGAGCGCGGGUGAUAAAAUAUAAACCGCAAGAGAUUUAUUGACCGCCAGCGCAAGGGGGUAUAUUUUUCUUUCUCGCGCUCCACGCUCGUUCUCGCGCGCCUUCUUGGCUCGCGAGCUCGCCGAUGUUUUUGAAAACAAAAAUAAAACAAAGUCUGUGUACGGCUAUUAAAAGGCAAAAAAUAUCAUUUUUAGGUCUGUAGGUUUUGCUGACUGGUUUGUGGAAUUUAAAAGAUAUUCAAAAUUGGCGCCAAAAACGUUCUUAAAAUAAACUGGUUCGUGAAAACGCCGUGACACGAGCGCAUGGAAGUUGCUCGCUCCGGGUUAUGGAUUUCUGCUAUUCGGUAUUGUGUGAACAGCAACGGCCGGGGGUAGUCUGCUUCACGGCCGUUCUUUGUGUCGGAACGGAACACUUCUUCUCCUCCUUCUUCUCCUCCUCCUCCCCCUCCUCGUCCUCCUCGAGGUGCACUAAAUUCUAGUUCUCACUCCUUAAUAUUGUUUUCCGUCUCAGCUGGAUCCAGUCCUGGCUCCUACUUAUUUAUUUCCGCGACGGGCCAAAUAGGUGUUCACACUCCACCAAAGUAUGGCAUAAAACCAAUCCAUGAUGUGACGCCCCACUUUCAAGGUCGGCAAGGUGCAGCUUCGCUCCGUCAUUAAAAUCGCACCGCCGCAACCGUUCUUCUUCUUUGUCGCGUCCAAGUUUCAAAUAAACGCCGCCCGUAAAUAAGCACCGCCCUUGAGUAAGCAUCAAAUUUGAGGCGUGAAAAAUGAAAUAAGCACCGCGACGCUUACGAGAGUGAAUACGGUAUCUCCUACCCUGACCCAUAGUCAAUUCAGUCAUUAUCUGAUUCUACGAUUGUCAUCUUACUUGUCAUCCCUUAGACGGACAUUUUUGUUUUUGUAGAUGAUAAAUGGCCUUCGCAAAUUUGAAGUCAAAUACAGUGGUGAUCCUGAACUUCAACCAAUCUGUAGUUAUGAAAAUCCAACAUUGGUGCGCCUACUGUACAAGCUCUCCACACAUUUAAAUGAAAAGGUAUAUGUUAUCUUCAGACUUAAGCUACGUGCAGACGGAUGCAACAACUGCCAACAUUGUUGGCCCAACAAUGUUGGCAGUUGUUGCGUCCGUGUUGGCAGUGGUGUGCAAACGGAUGCAACAACUCCCGACAAUAUUGGGACCUGCAGUGCAUCGUGGGAAGGAUACAACCCAUAAGACUUUGGAGACUAUGUGUCAUGCGCGUGCGUGGCCCCAACAAUGUUGGAAGAGCUUCAGCUGUGCAAACGGAUCCAACAUUGUUGCGCUACGCUUCAACGAUCACGGUACAAAAGAAAUGUUGGGAGUUAUGGGCUCAAACGUUUGACCGGUUUCAAACUUUGCGCUACAACGCCCAACAACAUGCAACAGGGUGUGCAAACGAACGCAACAUGUAACAUCCAACAAUAGGGAGUUUACGCGACGACAACGGUGACAGCAACGAGAAUGGCAAAAAAACAAUGGGUUUAGACAUUAGCAAAACAACAACUUUGCACGUGCAUCACGCUUUUUUGUGCAUUUCUCUACCGUCGUUGCACGACUACAAGAAACUGCGUAAUUUCACGUUUUGUCGAGGACGGGAGCAAAAGAGAACAACUUUCUUUUUCUUUUCCUGAACUUUGAUGCAGUCCUUUAGAAUUCAACCCCCCAAAAAUUUAACAACAUCUGACAAAUUAAACGAGAUGGAAUAAGCGCGAUUAAGUUUGAGGCAGGGCAAAUUCACUUUUUAAGUGACGUUUUUCAUCGCCGUUGCGUAAACUCCCUAAUGUUGAGAGUUGUUGGCCAACAAUGUUAUAGUGAUAGAAUAUUGCGAAGUAUUAUUUGAAUUGGAAACCAAUAACAGUCAAACCCAGUUGAUACGGACUCUGAUGGGGGCCAUAGAGAGUGCCCGUGGGUCUGUCCGUAAAGCGGGCUUUGACCGGAAGUGAGCGAAAUAGUGUUUGAAUUGGACAUCAAUAACAGUCAAACCCAGUUAAUACGGACUCUGAUGGUGGGCAUAGAAAGUGACCGUGCGUGUGUCCGUAAAGCGGGGUUUGACCGGAAGUGAGCGAAAUGGUGUUUGAAUUGGACAUCAAUAACAGUCAAACCCAGUCAAUAGAGACUCUGAGGGGGGCCAUAGAAAGUGCCCGUGCGUGCGGGGUUUGACUGUAGCAGCUUUUUCUGAAGAUACCAAAAAGAGAAAAGAACGUAUAUUACAGAGAUUUCGUGUAGCACCAGCUUACCAACAUACAAUGUGAACCUCGUUACGAGGUUGUCUUCUACUUGCGGUCCAGAGAGAACCCCGGGAACCAAGUUGCAUACAGUGGAACCCCGAUAUAGCGGUCCUUUUUUAUAACGAAUGCAUUUCCCAGUCUCCUUGCUGUUUAUUAUAACAGAGCCACUUUUUUUAUAAGCUGAAAGAAUGUUCAGCCAGUGUUACAUGUAUAUACCCACUGACAUGUUCUUUUCUGUUUUUAGUUCGGACAAACUUUGGAGAAGACGUACACAACUUCAAGACUCUUCAAAAGUGUCGCCUGUUAUCUAUCCCCAGCCUUAAAGAAAGCUUCUCUCCCCACUCCCUCAAACCACCCCUCAACCUCCCCACUCCACUCCUCUCAGAGGCAAUUAGAGCCACAGAUUAGUCUUCGGUUUCUUGCAUCCUACAGGACUUUGAUUUAUCUGUUUAUAUUUUGGCUUUUUUGCCGAAUUACCUCCUUGAACACUUUGCUAGUGGUUUUACUGUGGAUUUUGUUGUUGGCUGUGAUGCUAUUGUACCAUUUGAGACCUCGUUAUGAGAAAAACAAGUGA